AUGGAUGAAAACACGAGAGCUGAAUAUGAAAAUCAGUCUCAGCAACUGCGUAUCGACCUGAAAACUUGGGAAACUGACUGGGCUAAAGCACACGAGGGCAAGAAGCCAGGCAGAGGCGAUAUUAAAGCAAAUGAAGAAAUUGGUAAGUUUCUCAACCCUACAAAGAAGAUUUCAUCCUUACAAUCGUUAGCUGCGAAAUACAAACAAUAUAAUAAGGUUCGGGACAUUCUCUCGGGCAAGCUACCACCCCCUUCGAAGGAUGCCUCAAACCCUCCAAAGCGAAAAUCGGAUGGUCUACCAGCACAAACGCCCACUAAGCGUACCAAGCAUGUCGAAACUCCAGCGAAGAGCCGCACACAAAACCACGAUGAGGAGCUUAUGAACACCCCAGCCAUAUCACGCAAGCUGUUCAGUCCCACCUCCGUGACCUCAGUUGGCCCAACACCACAGCGAGAUGGCCAGGUCCUCGGGCUUUUCGACUUGCUAGUGGAGAAAGAGCUAGGAACACCAUCAAAGAGAGAUUCUGCGACCAACAUAGGAUCUGUCCACAAACUUGACGCAACUCCAAAUAAGAGGACAGCAACAAUGGAUGAUGAUGAGGAGAAGCUUGGCCGGACGCCUAUGUCGUCUAGCAAGCGCCAGAGGCUAAACCAUUUUAUGACGCCUUUAAAGAAUAAGGAUGGAAAUAAGGAUGUCGUGACACCUUGUUCGGUUUCGAAACUUCAAUUCGAUACACCGGCUUUUCUGAAGCGCAAUACUUUGCCGGUCCUGGAUGAGAGUGGCGAUUUCGAUGCUCCGGCCCCUUUACGUUUACCGCGCAAACCAUUCACAAGAGGUCUAAGCGAAAUUGUAGCAAGUCUACGAAAAGUUGAAGAGGAAAACCUAGAUGACGAUCUAGAUGCGUUACGAGACAUUGAAGAUGGUGAUUUAGGUGAACCGAAGCCAAAGACACUGUUCCCGUCUAAGCCUAAGGAUGAUGUACUGGUGGAAGACGCCCAAACACGAAAACUCCCACUCGGCGGCUUUGACGAUGAAGCCUUAUACGACAGCCCGGUGGAGGGAGACGGCAACCCUGCCAGAGUUUACAAGAAGAAGGGCCAGAAGCGAACAACAAGGAUGGUCAAGAUGCGUCCCACCCGGACCAAGAGACCGGAGAAUAUGGCAGAGAACCCUCAAAGCGAUGUAGAGAACGAUGAAACACACGCGGUUGGUGAGGAAACUGGAUCCGAUUUCGAUGAAGUGCUCGAGAAGAAGUCGGCACCAAAGAAGGAGGGCACAGUCAAGAAAGCAGCACGCAAGGUGAAUGAGCUGGCUCAUGCAAACUUCCAGCGGCUAAAGCUCAGGAAUCAUGGAGCCAAGGGUGGACCAGGCUUCAACAGUAGAUUCCGCAGACGAAAGUGA